CGGUUCCAGCCUCAGUUCGCCACGGUACAGGAUCAGUCGGUGGCACAGGGUGUGGGUGCAGUGUAGUGCCAAAUCCCGGGCAGUCGCCGAAGUGUCACAUCCGUGCCGAACACGUGCUUGCACUGAUAACGGACGUCGGUGGGGCAAUCUUUUUGACCGGUCCAUGUCCCAGUCUUUCGUCGAACGGCUCGGACUCAAAUAUUCGCCAAACAGCUCCAUGGUGCGCCAUGUUGCAAUUACUUUUGCACGAGGUGACCGUUUGAAAUUCAACACCUGCCGUCACCGCGCGUAAUUGUAACGAUUCCUUGGGCUCCGGGUGCGCUCGGAAGUGUCCAAGCAGCCCACAGUGUAGGACGAUCGUGAGUCGAAUCUGCAUCUGCUCUGGGGGCCGGAAGUGCAAUCAAUCGAAAACCCGCGGGGUAGAAAAAAAUUAAGUGAAAAAGGCCCGGCCCAGUGGCCAAUCAAUAGUAGAUCACCUCUCGGCGAGUGGCCAAACUGCACGUGCAUCCGUGCACCGGAGGACCGCCCCCGCCCCGGAGAGAGUUUCGUUUGGUGUAACUUGGUGCUCCAUACGGAACCGGCGAAAUGGUGAAACGUGGCAGUGAGUGAAGCGAGCGCCUCUCCAGCGCCCAAGCAGCGAUUCCAGGAAACGUCAGCAACAUUCUCCCAAAAUCCGUCCUCCCCUCGAGGGCCCUAGUGGCCAGCAGCGCUCCUGUAGGCGAAGUUGACUGAUCCCAAAAGCUUCCACUGCUGUUACCUAUUGGCAGAGUUCCUCGGCGAAUAUGGGCCACUGCUUGGAGUAGCGUAAAAUUGGAAAAUUCUUUCGGCCGAAACCAGAAAAGCAUACCAGGACUCCAAUUCUGGCGACGGUCACGUUACGGUCACCGCACACCGGUCACUGCACGGCACACAGCAGGACGCGUAAGUAACGUGCCGCAAAACCCGUGGCCGGUUUCGUCGUUCGAAGCGAAGCGCCGGUGCCCAGCUCCGCCCGGAGAUAUGGUCCGUCAUGGUGUCAACAAUUGGUGGCCCAUCUACUGUCGCUGCUGCUGCUGGCGCUGCUGCUACUGCUGCGGCCGUUACGGCGAUCUCCAGCAGCACCGAUGCAACGCAGCUGUUCAUCAACACAACGCUUGACUCAUGUGCCCUUAAGUAUGAAGAGUUCGUUAUACCAACCACAGUUCCUUACUGCAACUGGACGUGGGAUAGCAUUCUGUGCUGGCCACCAACGCCGGCCAAUUUGACAAUAAGACAGCGAUGCCCUCCAGCACACGGAAUCGAUACCUCAAAGUUCGCCGAGCGACGAUGCAGUGCCGAGGGCCAGUGGGAAGGCAGACCGGGCACCCCAGCGACCCUUUCCGGAUGGACCAACUAUACGCCCUGUUACAGCCCGGAAGUUAUACAACUGUUUAGAAAACUUUACGCCGGCGGCAGCGACGACGAAGCGAAUGUUAAAAUUGACAUUGCCGAGCGGACGCGUACGCUGGAGACCGUAGGAUUUAGUCUUUCCCUCGCAGCACUGAUUAUUUCCUUGAUAAUAUUCUGCAAAUUCCGCGGGCUGCGAAACAACCGCACGAGAAUACACAAAAAUCUGUUCGUCGCCAUGGUGAUACAAGUGGUGAUCCGACUAACGCUAUACAUCGACCAAGCGAUCAUACGUAGUGGCGUCAAAAAGUUUGGCAACGAAAGUUCGCGACAAGGAAUCGACAACACGCCAUUUUUGUGUGAAGCAUCGUACGUACUGCUAGAGUACGCCAGGACCUGCAUGUUCAUGUGGAUGUUUAUAGAAGGAUUAUAUUUACACAACGUGGUCACGGUUACAGUAUUCCAAGGGAGGUUUCCCCACACGAUUUAUGCUGCCGUCGGCUGGGGCGGACCGAUAGUGCUGACGGUCGUCUGGGCCAUCACGACCGCGCAGUACAUCCGGCAGCAGAAAUGCUGGUGGGGAUACAACCUGACGCCUUAUUACUGGAUUCUGGAAGGUCCAAGACUAGCAGUAGUCGUGUUGAAUUUCAUAUUUUUACUUAACAUUAUAAGAGUACUGAUCGUAAAGUUACGCCAAAGUCACACCAGCGAUGUGGAGCAGGUUCGCAAAGCGGUCCGGGCGGCAGUCGUGCUCGUGCCACUGCUGGGUAUCACCAACAUACUCAACAUGACGCAGGCCCCUCUGGACAAAACGGCCCUGGAGUUUGCCAUCUGGUCGUACGUGACCCAUUUUCUCACCUCGUUCCAAGGAUUCUUCAUAGCGCUGCUGUACUGCUUCCUCAACGGUGAGGUGCGUACGGCACUCAUGAAGAGCAUAAGCGUUUACCUUUCGCUCCGCGGUCAUCACGAUUGGGCAGUGCGUAGACAGUCGCUCUUCUCGGCCGGCUAUCCGACGGCUCCCGUCGUUGAUGCACCACAACACACGGUAGACACCAAUCGAACCGCCGCCGCCCGAAACGCCACGGAUAACCUGCUGGCGACCGGUGGCAACAACAAGCACACCGCCAACGGAGGUUCAACCAGCAACGGUGGCAACUGCAGCGGUGGUAACGGCUGGUUUAGCCGUUGGUUUUUAGUACAAAAAAAUGUCAAUCCGGCCGCCCCGGAACCGGCGCCACCCGAGUCAGUGGUUUUCGAUAUUUCCGAUUAACGUCAUCCGUUCUUCUGUUCCGUUCUGUUUCUUUUCGUGUCACACUUUAUCGUUUCCUGUAAGUUCGGCCCGAUCCGGUGUCUAUUCAUCGCAAGUUGUGUACUGGUUUGUGUUGUUUCACAGCUACAUCAUCAUCAUCAUCAUCUCACUAGACUCGAAACACUGUUGUUGCCAGUGUGGUACGCUAAGAAGCACGCACACCGGAGGGUUAAACUAGCUUUUUUUGUCUCGAUUCCGUUGGCAGGACCAGCGUGUGAUGGCCUGUUCCGGUGUAACGGUGGAGCAUCACGCACGAUUAUCGAAGAGACUUUUCGUACAGCUUUACAUCAUCAUCAUAAUCACCAACCAGAGCAACUUUCAUGGGAGUGCGCACCAGAGAACGUAGUAUUUAGCGCUUCCGCCAUGAUGGACGAACCACGGGCCACAUACGCAGAGUAAUUUUACACAACGAUGCACCACGCGCGCUACCGUGCCCGCGGUACGGUAUCCGAUUUGUUCCGACAAGUCUGCUUUUUUAUUCGGUGCGCUGCGUGGAGCACAAAGGUGUCAGUAGUUAGUAAGAAAAUGAGCGAUUGUCUAAUCAUUGCGAUGCAUCCGACGAACGAAUCAAAUUAUGAUAUACAAAUUUGCCGGCGGAAAACGCUUUGUACGCGCCCUACUUGCUGCACUGCAUAAGUACAUAAUAUAUUUUUGCGAUUGCGUGUAACAGAAGGGCCUGCGAACCAAAUGUCGAUUGAUUUUUGUCGAUUUCAUAUCUGUCGUCGUGUCGGGUGAUAAGAGAGUAAAACUAUUCGCCGUACAACAAACCAGAGGCGCAACAAACACGGCGCACGAGAAUCCACACGGAUUUGGAGACGAUCUUUGAUUAAUUUAUAUUUAAGAGAAACUGUAAUUGAACGAAAUUUAAUGAAAUGUUAUGUCUGUUUUUAUACUGAA